GCCUCUUCUUCGUCGGCCUCUUCUUCGUCGGCCUCUUCUUCGUCGGUCUCUUCUUCGUCGGCCUCUUCGUCCUCAGUCUCCCCGGCUGCAGCCCCUUCGGUUGAUUGUCUUCCAAUGUCUGGCGAUUCCAGAUCCGAAUCUUGUGGCCCAGCGUCAUUUAAGUCUGCCGUAUCGAUAGGUGAAUAUUGCGCCUGCGCCCAGUACUCGGGAAAGGGCUUUGGUGCCGCGCCGUGGGGAAGAACAGGCGGGGGCUGUGGACGCCAAUCGUCGGGUACUGCGUUGGGUGGUGUUGGAGGUGACGGAGGCGGAUUUUUGGGUGGGGUUGGUAUUUUGGGUCUCUCACGCCUUGAAUCCAUUUCAAUUAAUGGGAAAACCUGUGUCCCAAAUAAAGCCGCACGAGAUUUUGCUUUGUUCGUGGUUCGUACUUCUCAGAAAGCGAGAGGAACUGGGGAGUAAUGGG